CUGAAAUCAAUAUCCGUGUGCCACUCAAAUUGCCUGAAAAGUGCUAAAUGAGCAAAUUACAAGAGAAAACAAGGAAAUAAUAUUAACCCGUCCAAUGUAAAUGUGUCAAAAGUUGCGUUAUUUCUGUCAAAUCGGAAAGUUUUCAAAUUUUCGGCUCACGCUGCGUAUGUUUAGUUUUCGAUGUGUUGUGGCCAAGCAAUUGCCUUUUAACAGUUCUGGUGAUUGGACGGAAGUUUUUUAAUAGACUGAAGUGUGGUCAAUACAACCUUCUGUUGAUAUGUAUGCCUACUUACAAAACACUGUCAAUCUAUUUUGCCCAUUUCGUCUUUCCGGAGGCAGAGAGGAAAUGCGUCUUGAAUGCUAUUAGUUAUUCGUAGCACGUUCAGAUACAAUUGUCAUAAAUUCAUUAGAUCGUUUUGCUCCAGAUGAUUAAGGGCUCCAAGGCAGACUUUGCGUGCAAUCGCCGGAAAAAUUUUCGCCCCGCUGCUUCGCCGUCACCGCCUUCAAAGACCUGAAUGGGCAAUUCAAUACUUGAGUUUAGCUGUGUCACUUUUUUCCGUCCCAGCUGAGUUAGCUAAUUAAUUCGUGUUCGAGUAUCUAUUUAAUCUGUUGAAAUAAUAUUUAUAUGGAGCUCGUACUAGCUUAAACUAAACAUCUCAACCAGCGUGAAGCUAAAUUACGAAUGUGUCUGGCGCUGGGAUUUCGCCAACAUAGAGUUCUCUUGUAGACCUUACUUGGACAUUCCCAUUGGCGUAAUUUUAUCCUUUUCUCGUGUGAAAACAAAUCCAGAUAGGUCGAACUUGAAUGUAAUAGGUCUAAAAACUCUAUUCUUGUUUUGCCUAUUUGUUUUGAUUGAAGUUGUGUCUAACAGGAAGUAAUUAGCCCCUCGGGUGAGAACGGAUUAAAUUGCUUGUUCGAGCUGAUUCCUCUUCGUCGCUUUUAGCUCCUUUUCUGCUGACUUAUUUCGAUGGAAAAUUUAUAAAAUAUCCACACCCCUGCGCAGCUUGGCGAAUUGUGGACGAAAACAAAGCAGAAAGGUUCCGUUCUUUAUGUAUUCCUCAUUCGGGAUCCUUCAAGUUAAUCUUAAGACUAGCAUCUUUAUUCUGUGCGAAGAUUACCCUUGAAAAUAAUCACCCUUCUUGGUGAUAGCUCUGUAUUCUAUCGAGAAUACAAAAAAAUCGAUCUCGAAAUAGCUGCUUUCGAUGAUCAACUGAUUAAAGCCCUUGUGUGAACUAUUCACUUCUUUGUACGCUUUAUUUUGGUGCGCUCCCGCGCUUUUUCCCAUCUGUUACCGCGAAAUAUUUCCGUUUAAAAACAGAAAACAAGUUUUGGACUGGUGCGUGCUCGAUUGAAACGUUUCAUGCCACGCAGGCACUACUUUAUUUCUGUCAGUGAAGUCUAUCCGUCUUAAUCUAGCACUAUCGCAUUGCGAGGCAACGUGAGUGACAAACUUUGAAAUGCAAUCAUCACUAGGUCAGGAAUGUCUGUCGUUGCUAUGGUUUGACAAGUAUCUUUGCUUUGAUCAUUCAUCUUUCAGCGUCGCGACCCCAGGAACGGUGCGCUUGAUUUGACUCAAAUUAAUAAUAUUCUAUUAUCUAUUUUCAUCCCGUCUUAAUUGCUAGCUUAUUUGAGCGAUAAUUACUGGCUGGGCGAGCAUAAAACUCUGAGAGCGACCAGUGGUGUUGCCAUUCGAAGGGAGUUAGACAGGCGAAGCACUUGACAUCAUACCGUGAACAUUCCGCGAGAGAGAUUUUUACCGUCAUGGCCGACAACAACUCUACAAGAGAUACAGACUCCGUGUGUUCGGAACCUACGCUUCCUUUAUUCAAGCUUUACACUACGUUUCUCGUGUUAAUCAUGUUGGCCACAAUAUUUGGGAACGUUCUGGUGAUAACCGCGGUUUAUCUCUACCAUCGCUUGCGCCGAAUGACUAAUUUCUUCAUCAUCUCUCUGGCCAUUUCCGACCUGUUCGUAGCACUGAUUCACCUACCGCUUCGCAUCGACCAGAGCGUGCAUAACAACAACUGGUGCUUCGACAAAGCACCCGGUGUUGUGACGACUUGUGCCUACUGGAUCGUGAUGGACACUGUGUUUAGUAGCGCAUCAAUUUGUAAUCUAGUCGUGAUCUCGAUUGAUCGCUUUCUAGCUAUCACCAAACCCUUCCAUUACCAGAGGAGGAUGACGAAAAAAGUCGGCUUCUCGCUGAUUGCGUUCGUUUGGGUAUACGCGAUGUUGUGGGGCGCUCUGAGCUUGAUCGACUGGACAGCCGGCCCGAGAAAGAACCCUCACAUCAGUGUCGAAUGGAGCCCAUCAAACGAGCGAACUUGCGGCAAAAAUGACAAAAUUUACUACACUGUGGCUAUGGCCGUUGCUUUCUUUUUGCCUCUGCUAAUAGUCAUCGUAACUUACUCUUGUGUGUUUCGCGUGGCGUUUAUUCAAGCGAAAGCGGUGGCGUCGCUUGAUCCGACCAAGGGAAAGAGGCACAUUUUGCGCGAACUGAAGGCAACCAAAACUAUUGCUGUUGUUAUUGGAGUGUUUAUUGUGUGCUGGCUACCGUCUUUUAUUCUUAUUGUGAUGAGUUUGUGGUGCACGCAGUGCUUCGUUCCGUUCAUAACGAACAGAGCGCUGUCCUACGCCAUAAGAAUCACGUUUAUCUUCGUGCUGCCCGUCAUGAACAGCUCGCUAAACCCGUUGAUUUACACGCUGUUCAACAAGGAAUUCCGCUCCGCAUUCAGCCGUAUGCUGUGCAGGAAUAGAGAUGCCUCACGGAGUGACGCCAUGGAUGAAGUCUCCGUUACUGAGGCCACAGGCGCUAGAAUGAGUACUACCAGGAGCAGUGGACGAAAAUCUUGGAUAAGCAUGAACGGAAGAGACAAGAGGCCGAGUUAGGGUCGGCCGACGCGCCGAGGCAAACCGUGAGAUUCUUGCGGAAUCAAAGGCCAAGUAUCGGCUAAUCGGCUGAAAUCUUGAACGACAUGUCAUCAAAGAAGGGAUUUGAAAUUGAAAAAACUAAAGUAAUUCCAAACAUUUUGACAGGAAGACAAAACCAUACUAUUCGGCCGUUGCCGCCAAAUUCGUUUUCCCGCGGGCUUUUCGACCGUCUUUACAAAUGCUAGAUAUACACUGAUGUGGGUUAAAAGUAUUAAUUUUAAUCUCGGUCAUCUAGGAAUCCUUGCAAAGACGUGGCUGUUCGCGAUAAGUUUAAAAUUUGUCGCAAAGUUUUCAUUCGGUGACUUCAAAGUCGUUCCAAUUCAAAUAAACCAAGUUUUUUUCUCGAAAAAAUAAACCGAAGUAUAAAAAAUCCCACGGGAAUUGAAACAAUCUCUUCGUUUAUUGUAGUUUUUGUUUUGUCAAGGAGAAUAUGUUGUCGUGAGUAGCGUGAAAUUGUGGCAACAAAGCUCCAAUACGCAAUUUGAAUACGAAACAACCGGUAUUGUUUCAAACGAACAAGUAUACACACAUAACUUUGAUAUGAUUGGAACGGUUUCGUGACAUUACAUCUUUAGAGGUAUAACAAACGAUAGUUUCCUCGAAUAUUGCCACAAGACGCAAAAUCGAAUUGCAAUUGAUUUGUAUAUUUGAACGAAAAUAAUGAGGGCACCUUGUGGCUGUGGUAUAUUUAGCCCUAGCUGUGUACCUUUUCAGACUGUAGAUAAAACUUCUCGAUUGAGAAUUACGAUAAGAUAUGUUAAUUACUAGUGCAUUUUAUUUUAUCUUAGCUAGAUAACUAACGAUAGAUGUUGUUCAGUUCCAAAAAAAUCGCGUAUCUUUGUAAAUUCAGCUGUAGAAGUCGGCGGAAGUUUCUCCAGUCAUGAUCACCUAGAUCUGUUAAUACACUGGCUUAUUACUUUGUAACAGCAUAAUCGUCUCGCAGGCUUUGACACCGCGUUUCUACAGUAAAACAACAGAUAGCUUGCUCAGUUCGGUUUGUAAAGAAUACAUAAUUUACCUAUUUGAUAAGAUUAUAAGCUUGGAAGCUUUUUAAAUUUGCCUUCGAGUCUGAUGGCCCCAGGGAUUUUUGUCUGUGUAAUUUGCAGCUGUUUGUAAAACUCUAAAGCGUUAAAAAAUAAAGUUCAACUUGACCGCGUUGUUUCAUCUUUUUUAUGAGUUUUUAACGCAAAGAUUCUAACAAGAGAAACCGCCUGGUGGGUAGAAAAGAAAUGGAUUUAAUGUGUCACACUGAGAGAUUUAUUUCCUUUAUAGAGAAGCAAUAUGCAAAAUGUGGUUUGGUAGAACAUUUUGUUUUGCGCCGGCAAUAGUCGCAAAUUGAAAACGGUACUUGCAAGAAUACGUUCUAAAGCCGUUCUGACGAAAGCUGCUUUCCUCUGGAGAUAAACAAACAGGAAAAACAUGUCUUGUGCUCUACUGCAAUAAAACUGCUGUUUUUUUUUCAAAAGUUUGAAAAGCAUCUGCUAACAAGGGUCUUGUUUUUAGUAGAUUUGACAGAGAUGAUUAUCACGGCUUUCGACCAUUACUAUAGCAACGUCUUUCAAGGCUUCUUUUGGCGACAGAAAAACUGGGUAAUUCUGCUGUGUUUGGCAGUCCGAGAAGGAUCCAUCAUUUUUGCCUGACAUGACAAACAUCCCAUUUAUUUCAACGCUUGGGAGUUUCGAUAACUUGAAAUAUAUAACCCGCAACGACUUAUCAAAGGUCGUAUUGUACCCAAUAAUGGAAGAUUUAUAACAAAAGUACUUCUAAGAGAAACCGAGGCCCCCCGUUUAUUCAGUUCAAAUUGUUUUUGCUUUCUUCCUUUCAUUCGUCCUUGAUCGAAGCUAAUUAUUCAAUAAUACCUCCUCAAGAACCAUGGGAACACAAAACGUCCAUCAGAAAUAUGUCAUUUGUAUAAUGAAAUAUACUUUAACACUUUUGAGUCCGUCGUCGGUACAAUGAUUGUAUAUGUAUAUGUGGAUUGUUCCCAAUAGCAAUUUUUUUAAACCAAUUUCCUCCUUAAUGGUGGCAAUAAAGUAAAAAGUCAAACCGCAAGAAUGACGACAAUACAUUGUUUAUUUGACAUCGAUUUGAUAUUUCACGAUCAGUCUUCAAGGACUUUAUUAGAAUAACAUUUGUUGUCAUGGCGCCCUCAGGACAAUCACUCCAAAUGGGUCCUUUGUGUCGCUGUUUUUAAAGAACGCCAAAAUUUAAUUACAAAAUACAAACAGCUUCCUCUAAGCUAUUGACGUAAACUGUUAGCUUAUAAGGGCCAACUUAAGAAUGUGACGUCGAAAUAAAAGCUUUUGCUUGCGUUUCUGAUGCCCCUCCCAUACGCUAACUUUUGUUACUUAAGCUACAGGGUUUACAGUGAGUUGACAGCUUGAUUACCGUGCAAGCAUUCCUUAUGAUCGCGCUUGAUCGAAAGGUCUUAAGAGAUGUCGCUUUUAAUUUGCGUGCCCUUUUAUUAACCUUAUUUCUUGCGAAAUCUGUUUACUUUGCUGGCGUGCGUGUGUUUACAUUAAGCUUCGAAUUCCAUUUUGGACCUCACGAAGACUGCAUCCAAUAAAUACCGUGUCCGAAUUGGUCAAAAUUGUUUUCAAAAUCACCACCAACCUUGCGCUAAAACCCUUAAAGAAUUUUACAUUACAGUUCCAAAUUGAAAAGUAAUUUUUGUUGCUGCCCUCUAGAAUUCUCGCAGAAUGCCUAAUAUGUUCCCCAAUUAGAUGGAAAAUUAAUUACAGUUGCGUUGUUUGCCCAGUGUGACUCCUGAAAUGAAAUCACUUUGUUUCGAAGUUUCGUCAUUACCUCUGAAAAUAGAUCUUUGCUGCAAUAUGUUUUAACGUUUGUUCCAGUGUCAUGUUUAAAUUGUUUGUAAAACUCGAAUUCAACAAGGUUCGUGUUCCCAAGCUGUUUUUGUUACGGUGAAUUAUGGUGCACGCCGUUUAAACCGAAAGAAAAAUAGGUUAUUAUUUCAGCAGAUGUGUCGCAGAUUUUUGAGAUUAAUGCUACCGAUGUUUGCAUUGCAAAAUUGCAAUAGAUCCGCCCAGCGCUUCUGCAGGAUAAUUUUUCAUAAAAGUGUCAUAUUCGUUCCCUUGAUAAAAAAAGAUGUCAUUCGAAAUGUUUGUGAAGUUUUUCCAUUGUAGAUCCUUUGAUCCGUCUUUUCAGUUACUAAUCCUUGUACAAUCGCUCUCUAAUACAAAUCCUUCCCGUUUAAUCUGCUAGGGCCUUUCAACGAGUUUGAUCUUUGUAUGUGUAUCUCAGCGGAGUAAAUCGGUUUACGUCGCGACCCUUCUGUCGAUUGUAUACUGAUACUUUGUCUACUUUGCCGCCAAGGUCGCUUAAAAUGUUUUUGUCGUUUUUUCAAGAACAAGCAACUGCUCGUAUUUCAUGUAAUUUACUCAACGCCUUAGUUAAUGAGACCAUUCCACCGGCUUUCGGUGGCUUUUUUAAACAUUCCAAAUUUUUCUACCUUAUGGUCUACGGAGAACAGGACGAGCUAAGUGGAAAUUUCCUGACUUUUGUGUAUAAAUUGUUUUUAAUCAUUCUAUUUUUGUAACCAGCGGCGUUUUAGUCUGUCCAUUUACCACUUUGAAUCGAAACUCAAGUAAGUAAAGUGGUUUUAUUAGAGUGGACAAUUAAGAUUGCUUAUGCAGUACAAUUACUUGGUUUUAUCAUAGCAACUUCACUUUCUUGGCAUUUCUUGUAGUAUUUGAUGAUUUACUGAUAAUGUCUUAGCUGAUCAAUUCAUGUAUUCUUACGGACUACGCCACAGUACUUAACGUUUUAUGGAUAUUUGGAGGAGACUUUGGCUAUUCAUCACAACAGCGUUGUUACGUGCUAUAAACCCAACGUUGUAGGAAGUAUUGUUCACGUCGGUGCUGUGUGAUCUCCUCAAUAAAAUAAAUUUAUCGAAAAUUAAAUUUAGUCUGGCAAACUUGUAGAUACGUUAAAUUGAUGGCAUCUGUAAUUAACUCUAAGAAAAUCUACAUAUGAAGCUCUCCCAUGUAAUGAUUGUAGAAGAAGAUAUGAGCGUUGAAUAUUAAAUGAGAUAUCUCUUGCUGCC